AUGCAGUCCAUGCUCGCAAAGGAAUCACUAACGCCGGCGGAAGCAGCAGCAGUGAACCUGGACGUGGCUCAAACGGAGGUGGUCGAGGAGGCCGUCGUGGAGGCGGACGAGGAGGGCGCAUUGGGGAACGUGGAGCAACUACUCCAUCCAAAAGUGGGUUUCCCCCGUGCCACACCUCUCCCCUCACGUCCUCCAGCAAGUCCAACACCUUCUCCCCACACCCACCACCACCCCGACGCCCUCCAUCCCCACCACUCCGCCUCCACCCACGCCCCUACGUCAAACCCCUCCCUCCCCCUAUCCUCCUCUUUAUCCUCCUCCUUAUGCCGGCUGGCCCUACCCUCCCUACCCCCCAUCUAUGUAUGGCCAUGGAACUGCCGCAACUGCUGCAACUGCCGCAGCUGCUGA